ACCAUUGAGGAUCAAGUCUUUCCUCAUCAGUUAAGCAUCUACUCAACUUCAUUUGCCUUCAAUAUCUCACUCUAGCACUGCUUUUAAGAAAAGAUGGCGAAAGUUUCCCAACUCACCUCGAAAACACUCCAAGCCACAAUCUGCAUUUUUCUGCUAGUCCUCACCUUUGACUGUGCCAGUUCAGCAAGAAUCCUUGAUGAAGUGAGCCAAGUGGCAGAUGCGUCGUCAGAAAUUGAUGAGCCUGUUGUGGCUCCUGUGGUUGCCCCAGCUACCACAUUGCCGAGUAACCAAUUACCAGCUACUGUCACCGCUCCUGAUUCUGAUGUGGCACCAGUAGCUGAUCCUUCCAUCCCUGCAGACACAGUGGCUCCUCCAGCAGUUUUACCAGCUGACCCCGAGCCAGAUUCAGUCCCUGUCAUCGCCCCUGCUGCGUCAGCGACUCCGCCUGCUGACUUAACAGAUAAUGGAGCAGCCCCUGUUGCUGAUGCAGCACCAGUAACUGCCCCUGUUGCUGAUGCAGCACCAGUAACUGCCCCUGUCACCAAAACACCAGGAGUCGCCACUGCAGCCCCAGGUGGGACCACAGGAGCUGCUACCUCAGGCGCCAAAGUAGAAAGUCCCAUCCUUGAACACCCCACAUUCUCCUUUUUCAUGCAUGACAUUCUUGGUGGUUCGCUUCCUUCAGGAAGAGUGGUCACUGGAAUUGUAGCUACUUCCGAUGCCAACAAUCUGCCUUUCUCCAAGCUCAACAAUCAAAUCUUCCCAAUCAAUGGAGGAGUUUCUUUGAACAACAUCAACAACAUCGUCAACAACAACAAUUAUCCAUUCCUUGCAGGCCUUAACGGUCAGCAACAAGCUAACACUGUCCUGCAAAACAGCGGAAACAACGAUGUAGUUACUGGUGAUGAUACCCAACCUUUUGUAACAGCCGGGCAGCUUCCUUCUGGUUUAUCGCUUCAGCAGCUCAUGUUUGGCUCUAUUACUGUCGUUGACAAUGAAUUGACAGAGGGGCAUGAGCUUGGAUCAUCUGUACUCGGGAGGGCACAAGGAUUUUACCUGACAAGUUCUUCAGAUGGCACCAGCCACACUUUAGCCUUGACAACACUUUUCCAUGGAGAACAUAAUCAUGAAGUUGAUGAUACUAUUAGUUUCUUCGGAAUUCACAGGACAGCCACACCAAUUUCUCACAUUGCCAUCAUAGGAGGGACUGGCAAGUAUGAGAAUGCUAAAGGAUUUGCCACCAUCGAAACUCUUCCUCACGUGGACCAACAUACAACUGAUGGACUGGAGACAAUUACCCACUUUACCGUCUACAUCACCCCUUAAACAGCAUGUCCCCUAGAUAUUAAUUCAACAUGUUUGCUAUAUUUCUGAAUCUUUAUAUUUCGUACUUUGAAGCAUGUAAUUGAAUUGUUAUAUGUACUGGUGAUAUUAUGAUCUAUAUCAGACCUCUUUUACUCAGUA